AGCGGGUGAAGGGAGGGCCCUUUGCCAACUUGAUGCUCAUUAGCUUCCUUCCAUCUCCGCGGUGCUCAUCUUGUGCGUGUCUGCUUCUGUCACAUGCCGUGUCACAGAAACUGAUCGAGAAAGCGCCGCAUAGCGAGGUCGGGAGCGUUAGAUUCACGACGAGGGGUUUAAGGCGAUGGAAGCAGCAAGGAUGGAGCCGUUGUAGAGUAUUCUCACGCCGCCUUACUUGCCGUCUCGUUUGGGAGCUCCGGAUUUGAGCUCUACUUCGUUGGUGCCCCCUUCUCCUCGGUGAGCCAGAAUUGAAGGAGUAUGGAUGGUGAGAUUAUUGGGGGACUUAUAAACAGCAUUUCUAGAUUUAUUCAUCUGGUAGCUUGCCAGACAACAAACAAUGCUUCUCUAAAAGACUUCAGAAAAAUAGUUGUCAUAUUGAAGCUCUUGAAGCCUCUUCUAGAUGAAGCACUUGAUUCAGAGUUGGAUUUGGAUGUGUGCCUUACGAAAGAAUUUGAAGAGUUUGAUGUCGCUGUAAAUGAAGCUAGAGAACUAAUUGAGAAGGGACCUCAGAAAAUGAGUAAGAUAUACAGAGUUUUGCAAAGUGAGUCUCUGUUGUUGAAGAUCCAAAAGUCAGCAUUAGAUAUAUGCCAUUUCUUGAGUGCCUUGCUGCAGUCAUCUUCCAGCUCAGCUAGCAUCCAGGAGCUUCAAUACACAUAUCAAGAGCCAGUAUCAGAACUCAUUGAUCAUGCUCUCAAAGAUCUGAAGGAAAACACUAUACCUAGCCUUGAUGAUGUCAUAAAGAUCAUGGACAUUCUUAAUUUAGCAUCGAAUCAGGAACUUCUGGUUGAAAGUAUAGCUCUUGAAAAAGAAAGGGCAAAGGCGGAACUUAAAUCAAAAACUGAAAUUGCGGAUCAUAUAAAUUGGAUUUCUGUGCUAAUUACUCAUAUUCGCUACUGUGUGGAGAAACUUGAACAGUUUGGGUUUGUCAAUGGGCUUCCUGUACCAGCACAUUUCCGCUGCCCUCUAUCUCUACAACUCAUGGUCGAUCCUGUAAUUUUGGCCUCAGGGCAAACAUAUGAAAGAUCUUUUAUUCAGAAAUGGCUGGACAAUGGCCUCAAAGUUUGUCCCAAGACACAUCAAACUCUUGCUCACACAAAUCUCAUUCCCAAUUACACAGUCAAGGCACUGAUUGCAAACUGGCGCGAGGAAAACAACAUAAAGCUGGGUAAUUCUCCUCAGUCUGACCAUGUAACAUGUUCCUGUUUGUCAAAUGCAGAAGAUUUCCAAAAUGGGGUCGGUAUUAUUCAUUCACUAGAUAGACAUUCAGCCUCCAGAUCUUCUCUUCAGUGUCACGGUCAGACCACCCAACAGAAAAAUAAGGCGUCAUCUGGUCAUGAGCAAAAAGAUUCUUAUCCUAACAGUCACCAUGUUUUGCCAGAUAAAGCUGGUAUACAAGGCGAUACUUUUGUUGAAAAAAAUAGUUAUCAUAGCCACACUGAAUCUGUUUCAAGUGUCAUUUCUAGCGUUGAAAUCAUGAGUAAGUUCGAGGAGAAAACUAGUUUAUUAGAAGAUGUUAAAUAUCCAUCACAUGUAUCCUUGAAUAAGGAUUCAAAUUCUUCCCCAUGGCUUUGCUCAAAGCAGCUUUUCUAUAAAAAUGAUCGUGAGAGUGAUGCCAAAUGUCAACUGUUGCUUCAAAACUCAAAGUUGGAUGGCCUCACCACCUCUUCACGUGUUCAAGCUCUUAUUGGUGGUCUAAAGAGUGAAGAUUCUGAUUUGCAAAUUGCGGCAGCAUCAGAGAUUAGACUUCUUACAAAGAACAAUAUGGAAAAUCGUCUUCUAAUCGGCGAGUGUGGGGCCAUCCCUCCUUUAAUCUCCUUGUUGUACUCGAAAGUCAAGGUUCAGGAAAAUGCUGUCACUGCUCUAUUGAACUUGUCAAUUAACGAUAAAAACAAAGUUUAUAUAGAAGAAGCAGGAGCAAUUGAGCCACUUAUACAUGUUCUAGAGUGUGGCACUGCGGAGGCCAAGGAGAAUGCAGCGGCAACAUUGUUUAGCCUCUCUGUCUUGGAAGAAUAUAGAGCGAAAAUUGGACGUUCAGGUGCAGUCAAGGCAUUAGUUUAUCUCUUAGAUUCUGGCAGCCUUAGGGGAAAGAAAGAUGCUACCACUGCUUUGUUUAACCUUUCAAUCUUCCAUGAGAACAAGGCCAGGGUAGUACAAGCUGGUGCAGUGAAACACCUUGUCAAGAUGAUGGACCCAAGCUCCGGAAUGGUAGAUAAAUCUGUGGCUUUAUUGGCAAAUUUGUCAACAAUUCCUGAAGGGUGCUUAGCUAUUUCCCAAGGUGGUGGCAUACCGCUGCUCGUUGAGAUUGUCGAGACAGGCUCUCAGAGGGGAAAGGAAAAUGCAGCUUCCACUUUACUCCAACUUUGUUUAAAUAGUCAGAAACUUUGCAGUCUAGUAUUGCAGGAAGGAGCAGUGCCACCUCUUAUCGCGCUUUCUCAAUUCGGGACUCCCAGAGCUAAGGAAAAGGCUCAACAGAUCCUGAGCCACUUCCGCAGUCAACGCGAGGGGGCUGUACGAAAGAAAAAGUCAUGAUAACCUACGCCGAUCAUGUGAUUUUCACGGUUCCUAAUAAAUAAGAAUUAGUUUGGCACCUCCUGUAUGCUUUGUAUUGUUCUUGAGAUAAUGUGUUGGUUUGUAAAGCUCGCGUGCCUCGUGUAUCCAUGUUUUAAAGAUGACGACGCUAAAUUUAAGACGGAAUAGGCCCAAAUGGUGUAAAAGACGUGGAGGUAAAGGUGUUUGGAUUGUAAAUAAAGUUGUUAUACAUGUAAUGCAGAACUUGGAUUGUGAUUUC